CAAAUGCUCAUGUUACAUGAAUCUCCAAGAUUAUGAAAAGGCCAAAGAAGCUAUAGUAGAGGCGGAGCAAAGUGAUCCUGACAGUCCUGUCAUUCAAUUCUACAAGUUUAAAAUCGCUCUGGCCGAAGGACAAGACACUAUCGCUGUAGACGCAAUGACAAAGAUGAGCGAGAUUGGCUCAAAUUACGAUAAGAUUGUAUCAGAAACUGAUGCGCAUGGACUGCUCUGUCUUGCUGCACAGCAAGCUCUGGAGCAAAAGAACCAUAACGUAGCUGUCAGUGCCCUCGAAAAAGUCGUAGCGAGCAGCGCAGAUAACCAGCAGGUUCUGACUUCACUUAGAUGUCUUACAAGAUUAAAACUGACGCAUUCUACAGAUUCUGGAGCAAAGGAAGAUCACAGCAGCUUUCUGCGUUACCUACAAACUGCUUUGGAUCACUUGAAUCAGAUGGAACUGGUCAGGGAUUCUAAUGUGCUAACAGAAGCCGCAUGGUUUAUGAAAAUUGCGUGGAAUCUAGCUUUAGAAAGUACCGAUUGUUGUGCAGAUAUGCAGGAACUUUUCGUAUUCUGUUACAAGUUCUCUUGUCUGUGUCCCAUGGAAUCAUCCAAUUUGGUUCGUCAAAAAAAUUGUUUGGUGAUGGCAGCAGCUUCUGCAGUUCAAGCAGCAAGAGAGCAAAGCGAUGGAGACGAAAAGACUAAGCUUUUAAAGCAGUGUCUAGAAUAUGUUGAUGCAUCCCGCGUCUUACGAAAGAAGAUUGGAAUCGGAGGCUUAGAUGAAUCGUUAUUACUGCUGGCGUUGUAUGAAUUCGAAGCAAAAGCACAACUGGGUGAUUCAGACCUCUGUUUCUGUCUUGACGCAGCUGAGGCUCUACCUAACGCAGAUCCAGGAACAUUUGAAACAUUUGCUGCACUUGCAGUUGAGCCUCCUUGUCACCACAGGGAGAUAAGCAUGAGGGCACUGAGGAUUGCGAUAAAGAAACACUUAGCCAUGGACGUGAUCGACUUUACUAAAUUAAGCAAAGCUUUUCAUAGUCUAGUGCACCACUCAUUAAGUAGUGGUAGAAGCAGUGAUGCCGAGAGUAAGGAAGAGGCUUUCACUGUUUGCCAGGAUAUUUGUGAAAUCAUCGAGAACAAAGCGAAGGGGUGUUAUCCUGAAAUUCAGAUCUUAUGGCUAAUGACAAAGGCAUGGAACUGUGGAAUAAACUUAUUCAGCGCUGGCGGUCACGAAGCCGGCGAGAAAUGGUGUGGAUUGGCCAUGAGACUACUUCAUCACUUGUCGACAUUCAAGUGUAACUAUCAGGAUAAGAUGACCAAAGUUUACGGAGAUAUCUUGGAUCGUAUGGAAAGGAACACAUUUAAAGGCCAAGUUGAAGAGUGAUGUUGAAGCUACCUGGGUGUUCGAUGUGAUACUGCUCUUUUCAAGUUCUAUGUGUAAUUGGACUUGUAAAUUUGACACUAUAAAACGUUUGACGAAACAAAAUAAAACAAAACAACAAAUAAACAAAAAAAAAUUCGUAGAAAUUCCACUCUUUCUCGGACGGUCUUGUAAAAUAAUACCGUAAGUGUAUAAGGUGUUUAAACCUGACACUACGUAAAUUUACAGCAGUGGGUUGGGGUUUCGACAGUUCAAGGUCGAAAUCAUAUUUUUCCUAAAUUUGAACUUUCCCAAAGGUACCUGCUAUUUUCUUUGUUUUAUGAAAUAUAAAUGAGUUUGGUUUAUUG